GAGGGCGAGUUAAACUAAACAAAGCAUCAUUUGCUGUAGACUAUAUUAUACAUACACUCAUUGUCGUGGCUAGUGAUGGCAACAGGAGCAUCCUCACCAACUUGGGGAACACGAAAUGGCAUACUUAAUUACGCAGAAUCAGGAAAUAGGGAAGCCUUACUAAUUACGUCCAACCUCACGAUGCAAGAUAAUGAUGUGAUACCAAGAAGGCUGCAGGAGGAGCUAACAGAUGAGGAUAGACAGAAACUGGAGUAUCAAGGCAUACCAAGAGACUGCCACCAUGAUGACCUGAGCAUUAUGAAGGCAAGAUUCAGCCAAGACAAGGAGAAGAGUAUUGCUGAGGUGUUGAGAAAUGAGGGAUCCUUGACAUGUGAGUUAGUCAACAAGAAGAUAACCCAGCUACUGAACAACACUGAGACAAGUGGAGUCAUACUCCACUACAUUGGCCCUGGCAAGAAGGGAACAGGAGACUGGUGCUUCAGUGAUGGCUUCAUCAGCUUCAGGGAUAUAAUGCAACUCUACUUACAAAAUGCAUACUUCAAAGGACGUGUUCUGACCAUCUCCACCGACUGCAGCUACUCUGGGUGUUGGGUGAAGGAGGCCAUGACGUUCAUGGAUGACCAAGGAGUGGGACCUUGUGGACAUGCAGCUAAGGAGAAGGGGAUCCUGGUUAAAGUGUACGCAUCAUGUCUGGCUAAUGAGAUUCCUGCUGAGCUGGCAUUCUCUACUCACGGUAUACAGAAUGAUAAGAACAUCGGAUUUAUAUUCUACUCUCCUCAUAAAAAGAUUUAUGAUGGACAACACACUAGUGGACUAGACUUCACUGUAGUUCGAUGCAAGAGCAAAAUUGACCAACCUUGCACUAUGACUCCUGGGUCAACCUGGCAUCGGUGGAGCACUGCAGGGAGAAUCAUGCGAGUAACGGGUGAGGAGGACGAAGAUCAACCAUGGUGCUACCUCUUGCUAGUGGAUGAUGAGGAAACAAUCAGAGAAUUCCAUGACAAGUUUAAGAAUGGCCAAUUAGGUAAUGUUGGUAACUACGGAGAGAUCUUAAAGAGUGGGUGGGGCGAGGAAUCACCAGAAAAAACACAGGAAUGGAUCGAAGAACAUUAUCACGUGAACUAUAACUAUCGGGUACCAUCUGAAGCUGCCGACUAA